UCUAACCUUCCCUUCUCUACCUUCUUGACCAUCAUGAAGAGUCUUCUUCUCCUCGGGCUGGCAUCCGCCGUGUCGGCAUUGACCUACGUCGGGGCCGACAUCUCCUCCCUCUUGGUGGAAGAAGAGGCCGGGAUCAGCUACCGGAACGCGGACGGCGAGGUGCAAGCCCUGGAGGACAUCCUCGUCGCGGACGGGGUGACUUCUGUGCGGCAGCGUGUGUGGGUGACCGAUGGGACGUACGGCAUUGAUUAUAACAUCGAGUUGGCGAAGAGGGUCAAGGCUGCCGGGAUGGGGAUUUAUCUCGAUUUACAUCUGAGUGAUACCUGGGCGAGUCCGAGUGAGCAGACAACCCCCUCCGGAUGGUCGACGACUGAUAUCGAUACGCUCACCUGGCAACUAUACAACUACACGAAGCUGGUGUGCGACGAGUUCGCCGCGAACGACCUGCAGAUUGACCUGAUCUCGAUCGGCAACGAGAUUAGUGCGGGCCUGCUGUGGCCGCUGGGGUCGACGGACAGCUACUACAACAUCGCGAGCCUGCUGCACUCGGGCGCGUGGGGGGUCAAGGACUCGACGCAGACGACGACCCCCAAGAUCAUGAUCCAUCUCAACAACGGCUGGGAGUGGGAGCUGCAGGAAUACUUCUACUCGACUGUGCUGGCCGAGGGCCCGCUGUUGACCACCGACUUUGACGUGAUGGGCGUCUCGUUCUAUCCGUUUUACAGCGACGAGGCGACCCUCACCGCGCUGCAGUCCAGUCUCACAGACAUGUACUCCACUUGGGGCAAGGACAUCCUCGUCGUCGAGACCAACUGGCCCUAUUCCUGCCCGGACCCGGAGUACGCCUUUCCCUCCGACCUGACUGAUAUUCCCUUCUCCGCGGCCGGGCAGACAGAGUUCAUGGAGCAGCUGGCCGCCGUCGUCAAGGACGUCACCGGCGGCGAGGGGCUCUACUACUGGGAGCCUGCUUGGGUGGGCAACGCGGACCUGGGGUCCAGCUGUGCCGAUAAUCUGCUGGUCAGCUCGGAUACUGACGAGGUGCGCUCCAGUAUGGCUGUUUUUGCCGAUAUCUGAUCCUCACGGGAGUAUAUGAUCGUUGAUCGAUCUUGUCUUUCUCCUUCUAUUCUAAUUCUUCUUUUCUGCACUGUUGAUCAACGUGUUGUGGCUGUGCAUUGUAUUAAGCACUACUUCUGUAGGAACUAUUAUUAGCAAUUUUAUGCAGAAAC